AUGUCGGAUCAUAAUUUACUUGAUGAUCCACUUGUUUCGUUUGAUCAACAAUCACCAUCGACUAAAUCAAAACCAAGUGAACCUUAUGAACAUCGUUUAUUAGAUGAUAUUGAUCCAUUUGGUAAUCAUAAUGGUCAAGAAAUUCAUCAUGAUGAAACAAAUGGUAAUAAAAACAAUAAUGCUAAUGAAUUUUCAUUAACAAAUGAUCUAUUUCCAUUAGAUCCUAAUGAAAAUGGAACAGCUGCUCAUCAUGAAUUUUCAACACAUAAAAAUGAAGAAUCUGAAGAUUCAUCUUUAAAUCCUCAAUCGUAUUUAAAUGGUAGUGUUACAAAUCAAAAUGCACUUUUACUUGAAUUUGAUCCUGAAGCUCCUCCUGCUCCUUCAGAAAAUUCUACUAAUACAAAUGUCACAUCAUCGAAUGAUCCAUUUCAACAAUUUGCUGAUAUAUCAUCAUCUCAACAAAAUAAUAAAACUGAAAAUCUUUUUGAUUUCGAAGGUCCAACUGAUAAUAAAAAUCAGCAAGAACAAGAAAUUAAUUUAACAAGUUUUAAUAAUCCAGCAUUUAAUAUGAAAUCAACAAAUAAUGAUGAAAAUGUGCCUUUAUCUCCAAAAUCACCUGAACAAGAACAACAAUUAUUAAAUGACGUAUAUAAUGAAGUUGAUCAUGCUGCACAAGAAUUAGCAGCAAAAGUUGAUUUAGUUACUUCACCAUCACCAACAUCUGAGAGACAACCACCACCAUCAUUCAAUACAGAACAACAACCAUCGGGAUCUUCAACGGAAGAAAAACCAUCAGUUACCUCACCAAAAUUAAAUACAACUGUACCAACAACAUCCCCAGCAAAAAAACCUGCUGUUAGUACAGCACGACCAACAAGCGCUGCAAAAUCAAAACCAUCAUCGGCAUCAGCUACUACAACAUCAAAAAGUACAGAACAUAAAUCUACUACGGCUGCAUCAUCAAAAAGCACAGAACACAAACCAACUGCUUCUGCUGCUGCUGCUACUUCAAAAAGUACAGAGCAUAAACCAACCACUUCAGCAACAAAAACAACUGAAACAAAGCCAUCAACGACAGUUCGUAAAACGCUUCAUUCAGCACCUACAGCAAGUGCAACAACAACAACAACAACAACAGCUUCUACGAAAUCAAAAGUAACACCUACGUCUCCUAAUCCCGAAUCAUCAGCAACUUCAAAACCAACACGUGAUGUUCAUCCUAAACCUUCUUCAGCUGCAUCGACAGCAACAAAACCUAAACCACCUGUUACUUCGACCACAACAGCAGCAACGGGAACGGCAGCAUCGCGCUCAACAGUUAAACCAGUAACAAAACCAAUACGUUCUUCAGUAGUUCCAAAACCUCCCACUUCAACAUCACCAUCUGAUCAACAAACAACAAUACUUUCCACAGCACCGGAAGGUAGUCCUUCAUCACCUACUGUUCCAACAGCUUCAACAACAAAAGUCAGCGCACGACCACCACAACCAUCAACAAAACCACCAGCAAAAGCAACUUCAAGUACUGCUACUGGUGCUUCAUCACAUUCAACAGCUGCAUCACGUGGAUCUACAACUGCAUCGACAAGUAAAACAACAGUUGUUAAAGAACGACCAACAUCACAAACUCGUGCUACAGCUUCAAGACCUUCAACAACACCUAGUACAUCAACUAGUGUUGCUCCUAAACGUUCCAAUAGUGCAAAUCGUGCAUCAACAGCUGAUAGUACAUCACGCGCAGGACGUUCAGUUGCUGCUGAUGGUGCUGCAGGAACAACAACAGCAAGUGCUGCUAAACCACAAUGGAAUUCAGCUACAUCUAGAGUUGGAUCUCUUCAAAAUGCAACACAUAAACCUGCUGGUGGUACUGUAAAGAUUCCAAAUCAAAAGCUAAAUUGGAAUGCCAAAUCAAAAGUUGGUUCGCUUGAUAAUGCUCAUCAUAAACCAGGCGGUGGCUCAGUUAAAAUUGAAAGUAAAAAACUCGAUUUUAAAGAUAAAGCUAAACCAAAAACAGACUCUGGUAAACCAGAAACAAUAACAUCAGGUGGUGGUGGCGAUGAAGCAAGUGCUAGUGCAACAGUUAAUGAUGAAAGUUUUAAAGAAGAUGAAAAAUCAAAUGAAUCGCAAACAAAUGAUAACGGUGACACAUAA